AUGGUUCUUCUGCGACUCGGAGUUAAAGUUUUUGCUCGCGAGCAAUUGCAGGCACCAUCGUCCUCGACUGAUCGCGAUGGCUUAGGUCAAGGCAAGCAUGACUUCCGAGAUCGUGAGCUUGAUAGUUACUUGAUUGUCCUUGAGAGCCCGGAGGAGACAAAUCUUGGUGAAUUGGCUCAGAUCAUUCGCGAGAAAUGGAAAAAGCGAAGGCCAGAUGCUGAGUCCCUCGAGAUCAAAAAGCUGCUCGACGAUGAGAACGACACCUACGAUCUCGAUGCAGACUUGAGUGUAGCUGAUGUCUUCGUUAAUCAAGGCAAGGCCCGUCAGGACGCCUCGGAUCAGCGCGCCACUGUCCGUGUUAUUAUGAAGCCUACCCAAUACACACCUGUCCGUCUUCCGUCCGUCACUCACGACUGGGAUGCUCUGGCGGAAGAUGCCGAGCGCCAGAGACUCAUCAAAAAAGAGAUCAUACGGAAGGAGAUGAGUCAAAUUCCGACCAUCUAUGAAGAUCCCCGGGAUACCCUCAAUUUCGAGUCGACUAGCAACCGCGCGACGUCGUCAGCAUGGAGUGCUCAUGAAAAUUUGGUGCGCACGAGCGACAUUCCUGUCUCCUCCGUGGAAGCAGAGGAUCUUCACGGAUCACCUUUACACGUGGCCAAACCACCUAUUUCCCGACAACAGCAGCAUCAUGUUGUUGCGCCAACCCCUCCGCGCAACCGGGCGGAAAGUCAAGAGUUGGGCGAUUUGCACCGCAGCUCAAGACCCUUCAAGACACACUUCUCACUUACAAGAACCGGCUCAAGGCAGGUGGUUGCGCCGCAUUCUAUAAUCGAGGAGGAAGCAGAGCUUAUGCAUGGCUCGCCGCGAAGAACCAACGGCGAACAAAAGACUCACAAUAAAAGCGAGGUUAUGGAAAUUGUCAUCGACGAGAGUGAACCAGAGAAUCUCGAUGAAGGCAGAAUAAACCCAGAACGGGAUAUCACGAUGAGUGAAGCUGGAGCAGAGAAAGAAAACCUGUCUGUCCCAACUCCUGCCAGGACCAAAAAACCGAAUGUCAACGGCACCGCUGAUAUAAAUGGUGCUCUCGAACAACCCAACGGAUUACGGAAACGGAAGUUGAGCCUGGAAAGCCUGAAGCCGAACAAAGAGCCGCGACGACAGGAGCCUGAGAGUCCAAACGCAAUGGAAGACGACCUUGUAUGCACUUCGAGCAAAGCCGAAGCGAGUCCCUCGACGCCACGCCGUCGCGAUCGGGCCCCAUCUUUCUCUGGUGCUGGGCGACGUCUAAGCUUCGCGGAGUGCUCGCCUCGGGCGCCACCUAAACCUGGUCUUGGGCUGGGCAUCACGAGUAGCCCUUCUGGCGAGCAAUCGGCAACGCGUGUUGACACUCUCGGACCCCCCUCGCGUACUCAGAAAACCCCGACAAAGCUUGCGACACCGGUUAAACCAGCCCGUUCUACCUUGUGCAAGGACGAUGCCGCUCACGAUUUGUCUGGCCGUCGCUCAGUGUCAUUUGCGGAUAGUUCUGAUGUAAUUGUGACCAAGUCUGGGCCAGCGCCGGUGUCUAGUCAAAAAUCAUCAAGCACUGGCUCCAUCAAGAAAGAGGUCGCAGACCGGAACACGAAAGCUUCUACCAAGCGCCCUGUGAUAGCCCAGUCUAUUGCGAAGGAGAAUGCCAAACAACCUAAAGACGACAUCUUUGACGAAGGCGAAUACAGAAUUUAUGCAACGGAGGCACGACAGACGCUCGAGAAAGCCACGAAGCAGGGUUGUUUGAACAAAGGCAUUCAAUUAUUGAAGGCAUUCAUGGAAACAUGGGAUACACUUCAGAAGCUCGGCAGGCGGAAGAGCAAUGUAUCUGCUAGAAAAGAGCUAGAAAAUAAGCUCCGAGACUUGCGCCAGCAGAUCGAGAAAGUCGGCCCGUUGAGAUCUCUGCUCACACUACCUUCGAAGGCAAAGCCCGCCACACAGCCAUCUAACAAAAUCGAGCAUCCUCGUUCGGCAUCAGCCGGAACUCAAAGCGCGACAAAGCUCAAGGGCGUAUCAAUUCAACGACCAGCGCAAGGAGGUUCAGCUCAGCGGGUGCAGCAGUCCUUGUCAUCGACUCCAAGCCGUAGUUCACAGGCAAAAGAGAGCUCAUCCACUACCAAGCUCGACCUCACUGCAUCCAGUUCAGAAUCCGAGUCGGAGUCAGAUGCAAGCUCAAACUCAAGCUCAGACUCAGAGUCUGAAGAUGAAGAAGACGACAGCCCCCCACCUUCGUCGCAAAACGUCAAGCAUAUGCCCAAUCCGUCGUCGCCUUUCAAGUCCAAGUCCCCCAUGCUGCCCCAACCCCCAGCUACGACUGUCACAUGGUCCCACGCCCGUGGGGUGCCUCAAGCAACCCAUUGCACACUGAAAGAACUAGCCGCGAGACGUAAGAAGGAACUAGAAGAGGAGAAGAAGUCUAGAGAGAGAGAGGCUACCAAGAAUCUUCAAUCGAAGACCCCAGCCAUACCCGGAGCCGAUGACGAUAGUGAGAGCGAAGACGACAGUGAAAGUGAAAGUGAAAGUGAGAGCGAGAGCGAGAGUGAAAGUGAGAGUGGCAGUAAUUGA